AAGCUACAAGAGAAAACACAAAAUAAAUCAUAAACAUAUAUCCAUAAAUCUGCACAUGGACUUUUGUUAUCCAAUCUUUAGUUCUUCAUUCUAUUCUAAUAGACUUCCUUCCUCCUAAACUUUUAAACUGUUUCUUUUUCAUUUCAUCUUUUCUACCCUUCUCCAUAUGUUGCACUGUAUUUGUAAACCAUAUUUUGUUUUGCAAAAAUUAUUUGAAGCAAGUCCAGGUUUUAAUUUGAGGGCACUAUUUUUUAAAAAAUAAUCUCUGUACCUUCCCCACUCUUAUUGAAAUUGCACCCGUCAUUUUUGCCAAGUCAAGGUAAUCAAAUAAUCUCUCUUGCCACUCUUUUUUGUUGGUACUGUUUCACUUCUCCAGUUUUUUGCAAUUAGCAUUCUUGCUGCGGAUGUUGUGUAAAGGAAUAUUCUCUUAUUUUCAUUUGCGAUAUCUGAAUCUACUAUGCCCAAUAGAAAUGCUUCUGUUUUUUUUUUACAAAGGUUUGUUUAAAUAUUUUUUCCAACUCCUCAUAUACCGUGUCCCAGAAGCUCUUCAUUUUGUUACAGGUCCACCACAUAUAAAGUAAUGACCCCUCUGAUUGAUUACACCUCCAGCACAUUUUAGAUUUUGUUUUAUACAUUUUGGAUAUUUUGGCAGGUGUUAUAUACCACCUAUAAAACAUCUUGAGAAAAAUUUCCUUUUUCAAGCCGUGAAUCUCCCGUCCUUAUUCCAUAAUUUUCCCCAGGCCUAUAAUUGAAUAUUUUUGCCUAGGUCCAUUGCCCAGUUAAUCAUUAUUUCCUUUACUUGCUCAUCUUUAACCUCCCAUUCUAAAAGAAUUCUAGAAAUUACUUUUUUUCUUGUUUUGUAUUAAUUCCUUGUCUAGUGUUGACUCGUCUCUUGCAAAACCUUUUUUAUUAUCUAUUCUAAACACCUCAUUUAACUGAUGGCAUUGAAUCCAUCCUGUCAGGUGAUAUUUUAUUUCCUCAAAUUUUUUCAGUUUCAGUUUAUUACCUUCUUCCUCUAAGAGAUCGUUAUAUGCGGCCCCUAGCGCUUCCACGUUCUUCCUUUUGACUGCUAUAGCCUCCAGAGGGGAGACCCACCGAGGGGUUUUGGGUUCUAGUAAUUCUUUGUAUUUCUCUCGUACUCUAUAUAAAGGCUUUCUUAUGAUAUGACUGAGGAAUCCUUUUCAUAUCCGAAGUAUGCAUGCCACCCGUAGCGAUUGUCAAACUCUUCUAAUUAUGGUAUUAUUCCCCCCAAAAACUGGUGUUAUGAGUCAUCAUUGCCAAAACAAUAUGACACCUCUAAACACUCCUUUUUCUGGUUAUUUGGCUAUAAUUCUUGAUAGAAUAUAGAUAAUUGAACAAACCUUGUUGCAUUACAUUCUUCAUUAAAUUACCUUUCCAUUUAUAUAUAAUUUUAUGGUAUUACUCCAAAAGAAAGUGGUGUUAUGAACCAUCAAACCUUGGAAAUACACUUUCUCCAAAAAGUUUCCACAAUUUUGGCCACUAGUGUAGUUUGUUUUUAACACACCCAUAAUAGUUUUGACGUGAGGGUUCAUAAAAUAGAACUAGCAGACCUCUCCUGGCCUGCAUGUUUUCAGUUUUCCUUGGAAAUGAGCUCUGAUCAAGGUGGCCUUUUGGAAAAACUGAAAUUGUGUGUGUGUGUGUGAUAGCUGCCAAGUCUCCCGUUUCCCCCAGGAAACCCCUGUUUUUAAAGCCGUUUCCCACUGUCAUCCCAAAUGGUGAAAUAUCCCGUAAUACCCCCAGAUUUCUUCCGGUGCCACUCUGCCCAUGUCUGGGCACUGGAAAUUGGGCAGUACCGGCACCGGACGUUGCUUCUAUGCAGGUCUGGACAUGCGUAGAAACGAAUUCCUGUGCCGGCGCUGCUGAUCCCGUAUUUUUCUAACCUAUGGCAACUGUGGGUGUGGGUGGGUGCGCGCGCGUGCACACACACACACACACACACACACAGACACUUCUUGCAUGUUUAUGGCUAUAUCCAUUGCUAGUCAUGCUCAGAGGAGAUCCACUGAAAUUAAUAGACAUGAUUAAUGUAAUUUCAGUAGAUCUACUUUGAGUAUAACUCAGUUGGAUACAUUCUUCGUAAGUAGAAUGAAGCCACUGUAAUAAACAGCCAUGAGCAAAUGAUGAUACCUUGUGCCAGGGGCGUAGCAAAGGGGGGGUGAUGGGGGCAGGCCGCCCCAGGUGCCACCCGGGGGGGGCGACACUUGGUGCGCCCCUCCCUGGUCAGCCCCUCGCCUCCGCCCGCACAUGUGCAUUCCGUAGAAGCACAGUCCGCCCAGGCGCCGCACCUGGUACCAGCUGGGCUAAGAACUCCACUGCCUUGUGCAAUGUUUUUUAAAUGGUUGCAAGCUGAAGCACAUGUUAGAAUAAUGGAAUACAGGCACACUGUCCAGGUGCUCUCUCCUUUGCCCUGUUGCAGGAAUUUAUGUAUAGAUUGGGGGGGUUGCCCCUCCCAGCAGAUAUCAUGCACAUGCAGCCCACUACCAAAAUCAGCACAAUCACUUUUGUGACUUUUGUGAUUUGUCCCCACAAAACCCUUCAUCACAGUUUCUUCCUAUCUAUUCAAAGGGCCUCUGCUGCACAAUACCAAAUGUAACAAUUCACUGAUAUAUGUAUCUAUGUCCUGGCUCACUGGGAAAACUUCAGAAAUUCAUAUACUGUAGACAUGUGAGCUCAGCUACUCAGCAGCAGCCCCUCUGCUUGAGUGGAUAAUCCCUGGCAUCCUGAUACCAUUCCAGAAAGAACAAACCCAGAUGGUGGUUAACUUGGCUGGGAAACAGGGAAAUGUAAAUAUCUCUUUUGUUAAAAAUGAUGGGUGUUUGGUGGAGGGAAGGGGAGGCAUGGAUGCUCAAAAUUCUGCCACCACACCUCCCCUUUCAUGAUGUAACCAUGAUGUGUUAGUGAUGUAGUUUGGGGGUGUAUAACAUGGGGAUUACAAGCUAAUAAAAGUUUGGGUUCUCCUUUGUACGGGGCUUCCAUCCUGUUUCACCUUGUGGCAGGUGGGAGUCCUGUCGAGACAGUCUUCAAUAAAGACCAAGCCUACUGGCUGCUGUUUUGCUCUGGUAUUCCUGGCUGGUGUCCUUGUCUUUUGUCCAAGGGAGCCCUCAGAUUUCUCCGUUAACAGCCCCCCCCCCCAACACACAUACACACAGUUGGUUGUUCCCAGGUGCUCAUCUCACAAAAUGGCUCUUGCCACGCAGCUGUCAUGAUGGCUUCUGGAUGAGCUCCUGCUUUGACUCAGGGCUCUUCCCUGGCAGGGCGGGAAUUCUUUGAAUGCUAUUCAGGCAGCUCCCCUAGUGCUGCUGUGCGCCCCCUUGAGGUUCUCCCCAUCAUCCCUUCACCUUGAACGCAUCUGCACACAUAAUGUUCCACGGCAGUGUGGGAUUGCCAGCUGGUGGGAGGAACAACCAAACUGCGGUUGAGAAUGUCUUCCUUGGUGGCCAAAUUUCCUUUUUUGGCCCUUAAGCGUCGUAAGGUUAAAAUUGACAGCGCCAACAUGGGUCUAAAUGUAUAGCGUAAUUUAUUGUCGGUUUCAGUUUUAAGUUUUUUAGAUGUUUAGAUGUUAAAUGUCUAGAUGUUUUAAAUUUUGUAUUAUUUCUGACUGACGGUCGAAUAAAAUUGAAUUGAAUUGAAAAUGGUGUUUAUGCUGUUGGUUUAAAUAUUAACUGAGGCAGUUUCUAGCUCAGUUUGCUCAAGAGAAUUCCGGCCAGCUGCUGUGCAGAGUCCUUUAACCCUGCUGAUGACCUUGCCACCUUUUUCUGUUCUGCUUCCUAGUCUUUUCUGAGUAAGUUCAGCUAGCAAAUGGCUCCAGUCAGUGGUUUCAGAGAGGCUGCUAGUGAGAUGGGAAAAUGGAUCUCUGGCUUUUCUUGCUUCGGCCCAGCUGCUUGAGCUGAUGAGGGCUUUUUGCUUUUGUUCCUUUAGAAAGAUGGCUAACUGGGAGAUAUGCUGGAGGUUUGCAAAAAGAAGCACAGGGUGGAGAAAGUGGGCAGAAAACCUUUGCUCCCCCUUGUACAUUACUGGAACUCGGGAGGGGGCAGGGUGUCACUCAGUGAAAUGGAUUCAGGACAGGCAAAAUAAGUGACUUCUUCGCAGUAUUUGCUGCCACUAAGUACAGCAAUGGCCAUACUUUAAAAAGAGGAUUAGACAGAUAUUCUGAGGACCCAAGUCUGUGGGUGGAUAUUACACAGGAGAAUCACUGAAUGGGACCUCCAGGGCCAGCUGAAGUAUUCUUUGGAAUGCCAGUUGUGUGAAGAAGGGGCAAACGGAAGGAGGCAGGCGGCUUGGAUGUUUUAUGCCUCCUUGGGAAAGGCUGCAGGGAUGCAGGGAGCGUUGUAAGUAGAGUAAGUCUCUCGAUUUUCACAGUGGAACUGUUGUUUCCAGUUCAGGUCAUUUAUUUCAGUAAUCUGAUUUCAGGUCCCUGAAUCAACUUUCAAUGUUUUUUCACUCUGCCUUUGGGGCAGUGCUGUAAACAGCAAUAUAUAGGAGGCACUGUGUGACUCUUGUUGACACAGAAGGAGAUGAAAACUUUCAAACACCUGUUCUCUUGGGAAGAUGAUCAGUGGAAACCCCUGACUAUUUUUAAACUGUCUCUGACAAGGCCAGCUGGCUCAAAUGAAGUAAUAUUUCUAAUGAACAUGCACCAUAAUGGCUGUGGAAUGUAUGGUCGCUGCAGCCUUACAAGGGAAAGCCCAAGAAGCGGCCACAAAAUGCCCUGAAGCCUGGAGUCACCCAGCCCAAUAAAGGGGUAUGAGAAAGGCACACCUCGGCAGCUGUCUUGGAUUUUGCCAAGACUUCCAUUCCAAAUUGAGCUGGAGAUGGAGCAUGCUGUAGCACACAUUCCAACACAAACACAACAGUUUUCAGAAAAGAAGAGGAGGGGAAAGGUGUUCCUUAUGCAUUCCUAAUUCUCUCCAGAGGGGUAGCCCUGCUAGUCUAUUGCAACAAAAGUAACAGUGCCUUAUUGAACUUUAAAGGUAAAGGGACCCCUGACUGUUAGGUCCAGUCGUGGACGACUCUGGGGUUGCGGCGCUCAUCUCUCUUUACUGGCCGAGGGAGUCGUCGUACAGCUUCCGGGUCAUGUGGCCAGCAUGAUUAAGCCGCUUCUGGUGAACCAGAGCAGCGCACGGAAAUGCCGUUUACCUUCCCACCUAUUGCACUUUGAGGUGUUUUCGAACUGCUAGGUUGGCAGGAGCAGGGACCGAGCAACGGGACCAAUAAAUUUAUUAUGGGAUGGACCAGAGUCCACUUCAUCAUAUGCAUGAGGUCGUUCCCUACCUUAGUGGGUCGGAAGUGGAUAUGGGGCAGGCAUACACACGAAUGUACAGACACACAUGCACCUCUGGUUGUAAGGGGAGAGGAAGUGUAAGUUCUGUGGUCAGAGGGAAGUGUGUACCAGCCAACAGGAUUAUAGCUUAAAUGCAUAUAAAAUGGUUACAUUUACCAUUCACAUAGCACUGGGGGUGAGGAUACAAACAUCCUAGAAUGGAUCAGCUGAUUUGACAUCUGUAGUAUCUUGAUUCACAUAACACAAUGUUACCUCUUUGCCAGUACUAGAACACUUUUGUCGCCCAUCUAUGUGAGAGUAGUUGGUCACCCAUCGCUUCAACAUUUCCUCUUUUGGGUGCUUCUUCAGUGUCCUUCAUGUCAAGAUUUCUUUGAGCAUUUUUAUCAAGGGGACAAUGGCACACCCCCAGUACUAAAUUACUCUUGGGGCCUGGCAUUGUCACCCACAACAAUUCUGUAGAAGAGUCUGCCUGUUUUUGGGUUUCUAGCCAAGUGGAUUCAGUACCCUCUUUGGCAUACAAAGCAAUAUUGUGUGUGUGUGUGUGUGUGUGUGUGUGUGUGUGUGUGGAGAGGGGGGGCUAUUGUGGGGUUGUUUUUAUUUUUUAUUAUGUAUUUUGUUAUUUUAUAUAUUGAUUUUAUUCUGUGAACCGCCCUGAGACCCCUGGGUAUAGGGUGGUAUAUAAAUUCAUUCAAUCAGUCAGUCAAUCAAUCAAUCAAUCAAUCAAUCAAUACCAGUAUGUUCUUCCCUAUCUUUCCUGUAGAGUUUAUAUCCAGCGAUAACUGUGUUUCACUGGUUCUCUCCAUUCCACCUGGAAUAUAUUUUAAAAAUGUGCAAGGCUUGUGUCCCAUCAUACAUCAGUAUCCUAAGUGCUGCUUAAGAAUGUCAUUUACUAUUUUUAUUACAAAAAUAUCACAGAGCAAGUAAAGCAUAAAAAAUUGAACUCAUACAUUGCACAUAUUUACCCCAGUUGUACAACAGGUUUUCAGCUUAUUUUGGAGCAAUGUACAGUGAUACCUUGGUUUAAGAACAGCCCUGUUUACGAACUAUUCAGUAUACGAACUCUGCAAAACUGGAAGUAGUGUUCCAGUUAGCGAACUUUACCUUGGUCUACGAGCAGAAGCCAAAUAGUGGAAGGGCACCGUUGGCGGGAGUCCACAUUAGGGAAAGCGCGCCUCGGUUUAAGAACGGAUUUGGUUUAAGAACGCACUUCUGGAACGGAUUAAGUUUGUAAACCGAUAUGCCACUGUAUAGGAGGCAUUGGAUGGGAUGUUAUUUCCAAUUUUGUCAUUCAAAAAAUUCAUAAAUAAAGCCUGCCUUUCAGUAAGUUUCUUCGCUUAAAACAUAUAUUUAUGACAUGUAAAUGUGACUGUGAUGUGGAGUGAAGAGAACAGCCACUGGCCGUGGGGAGGGGAGGCCUUGGAACUUUUAUUUCUGAAAUGAAGAUGUUGCAGACAUGCUGCCUUCCAUUCUGGCUGAUGUUUCUCUUUGCUUUUAAUGCAGCAAUAAAUUGCCCCUUUUGAGAGUGUGAUGAAUAUGAGCUUGUCAUGGAUGCUUUAGUUGAGAUUCCUGCAUUGCAGGGGGUUGGACUACAUGACAUUGUGGAUACCUUCCAAUGUUACAAAUCUGUGAUUCAAGAGCAUAAAAUGUUAACAGGCACUGAAACCUCCCAUCAGGGCCGUCUUAAGCGCCCCUGGCGCUGUGGUGCGCCGGAUCUCUCCGGCGCCCUCCCGCCCCGUUUCCCAGCGGGAUGGGCGGGCGGGCAGGCACAGCGCGAUCUCUCCGGCGCCCUCCCACCCCGUUUCCCAGCGCGGUGGGCAGGUGGAUGCAGCGCGCAGCUGCGCGGCGGACCGGCGGACUGGCCGGCCUGCGGGCGGGCGCAGCUCGCGGCGCCCUCCUGGCAGGCUGGCGCCGUGGUGCCCUGUACCACCCAGCCUGCACAUAGGGCCGGCCCUGCCUCCCAUUCCCUCUCUUUAACUGCAGAGACCUCUGGAGACAGGAGGGGGAGUUUGUUGCCCACUCUGCUGAGGUGGUGGUGGGGUUGGUGAUGACAAAUAAUGACUGCCUAAAAAGCCAACACAAAAUCUUUGUACCACUGGAUGAAACUUUUGCAUGACCUAGUAUACCGAAUGCCCUUAAACAGAGUGCAUUAUGUGUCACACAUCAUGUUCUUACGUUUUGGUCAUGCGUCCUAUUUGCUGCCAAAUUAAUAUAAUAUUUUAGGAUUACUGUCCUCAAGGUCCAUCAAGAAGGUGCCCCCAAGUGCUAUAGCAUCCCACCUGCUGAGGUUGCUGCUUCUCUAAAUUAGGAUUGAGCUGCAAAUAUCUCGUUCUUUGCAGGGGGCGGUGGCUGUUUCUGUUCUCCUUCUACAAGCUUCCAUUUCCUGCUUCUGGAACACCACUGUUUGCAAAUGUUCCCCUUACAUUAUUGUGCAUAUUUCACUUAAGAAUAAAACUGAAUUUUCUGCUGCUUGCUUUUAUUUAUGGCUAAUAAUCUCCUGUUGACACCCACCCCCAAUCUGACACACACAUUUUCAGAUAUUUGCUUAGAAUGUAUUGCUUGAAGGAGAUAUUGUAUGAAAUGCUCAAUGCGUUUAAAAUGAGAGAGCUCAGGGUGUGGUGCUCUCAUGAAGAAAACAAUGGAAUGAUGACUGCUACAAAAAGGUUCACCAGCCUGAUAGUUCCUGAUAGUUACAGCUUUGAACAAGUGGCAGAAAGCUUCACCCCUCCUCCUCCUCCACCUCCUCCUCCUCUUUCGGGGAAAACCAGAUAUCCUUUUGGGAAUGUUGCAGGAAUGGAGGUGCCUAAUAGGUCACAAAUUAUAAUGAUCAAAGCUGGUUUGUAACUUCAGUGACGUGGUUGCUCCUUUUGUGGGAGUUUUUGAAGAGCAAAAAAGAGAACAUAUUUGCUGACUUCUGCUUUUAACUAUGGAUCUCUAUGAUGACCCAUCAUGAAAAAGAGGGCAUGGAGUCCUGGGAAAAGAGGACACAUGGCAACCCUAGUUUUGUAUAGAAUGAGACCAUCUUGAUUGAUUUUGAUUUUUUUUUUACUGAGGAUGCAGAUCUAAACUCUGCUACCUACAAGGUUAUCCAAAGCUGAUUUAAAGCUUUGCACCCCAAGCUUUUUUUGCACCCCAAGUCUUCCCCCUCAAACAUUUCAUUUAAGACAGUAAGAAGAGCCUUCUGGAUCAGAUCAACUGCCCAUCUUGUCCAGUAUCCUGUUCUCACAGUGCUAACCAGAUGCUUGCAGGAAACCCACAAGCAGGAUCUACAUACAAGAGCAGCCCUCUCCCCAUAGAAGCGUUGCUGCUUCCAACUGUGGAGGCUAGUGAUCAAAGAUAGCUCUCUCCUCCGUGAAUUUGUCUGAUCCUCUUUCAAAGCCAUCUAAGUGGGUGGCCAUCACUGCCUCUUGUGGGAGGGAGUUCCGUAGUUCAACUAUCCUCCACUUGAGAUUUUUCCCUCCUUUAUGCUUCCAGAAGAGCCUAUAUAACCCAAGAUAACAUUGGAACAUGAGAGGACCCUUGGAAGAAGCCUUCUUGCCCUGUUGGUGCAGGUUGAGGAGUUCGUGAGCCUCCAGUUGCUGUUGGACUCCCCGCUCCCCAGCCCAUGGUCUGUCAUGGAGGGAGUCUCAUUCUCCCUGGAGGAGGGGCUCCCGGAUUCAGCUCUGUCACUUGACAGAGGCGCAGGUAUCCUUGGUGGCUAGGAGUGCCAUUUGCUAGCUUCAGCUACGGCCAUUCCUUGGUCAAAAUAGUGUAACUACCCUUGUCCGUGGAUUGGAGACCUUAUGGUCAGAUUACUGCAAUGUGCUCCUCUAUGUGGGGCUCCCCUUGAGGCUGGUCCAGAGACUGCAGGUGUAGCGGCUCAGUUGCUGGUGAGGUCUCACAACCUCCAACAAAGCACCUUAUUGUGGGACUUGCUCUAGCUGCCAAUUGCUAUUUGACAAAGUUCAAGAGGUUGGCCCUAUACGGCUCAGGGGAAGGUUUCUCGAAGGAGCACCAUAUCUUUCAUAUAACCAGUAUGGUCUGCGGGAGCUCAGAGGAAGGCUUCUCCUGUGGCUGCUGCCCCUGCUUUCAUGAAACAAUUGAAUGCCUUUUUGUUCUGACAAGUUUUCCUAGCUGAACGAAUUGAUUUUGGCCAUAGGUGUUUUCUUUGUAUAGUUUUUAAAUUAAUUUGCUGUUUUUAACUGUUUUCUUAUGUUUUGUGCAACACCUUGAGACAUAUUUGUGAAAGGUGGUGGUGCUAACAACAAUAACAACAACAGAAGAUCUGGCCAGAAAACUGCUCAUGAACAGAGUGUAGUCAGAAACCCGCCUUGAACAGUAUGCAAACUUAUUAAUUCAAAUAAUAGGUGUUUCAAGGAGUUAGCUAUUCAUCAGGAGGCAGUUCCUUAGGUUAAUAUUGCCAAAAGGAGUUUCUGAUUCCUAUAAUAGUAACUGGUGGUUCUAUUCAAGAAACAAUUUGGGAUUUUUAUGACUUAGAAGCAGGCAACAAAUGUAUUGAUCUAUUAGUUUCUGAUUGGAGGUGCUGCCCUUUUGGUGUGUCCAGUCUAUGUUCCCUGAAGGAACCACUAUGACUUAACAUAUUAAGUAAACUUCAACUGACCAUGCAGACACUGAAUAACUUUGUUUAUUUCUGGAAUCUUUUCAUACAAUUUAUGUUUGGCUAACCUUGAUUGACUAGCAUUUUGUCUUCACAGCAGCUAUUUUUUAAUGGGGAUAGGUUGUUUGCUUUGCUCUUUUUGUAGUAGCUUGCAAGCUCCAGGUGAAACUAGGGGAGAACAUCAGAUGACCAAACAAACAAACAAACAAUUGCUCCCAGUCAACAGAAGGGGGGGGGAUUUGCUUUGUAGAGCACUCUGGGUGAGCGGUUUUAGGCCCCCACUGGCUGUUGCUGAAGGGAGGCUUUCCGAGAAGCCCAGGUGGCGUCUCUUCUGGUGUGCAGGCAAGGGUUAACGAUUGCCCAGGUUCCACGUGAUGAGAUGCAAACUGAAUCAUUCCAAGGGAUCUCGCCUGCCCAGUCACCAGGCAGAUGCUGUUCCCCUUGGUUGCCAUGACAACCAGGGCUGUACUCUAAUCAAGCCCAGCCCCUGCAGCAGCAGUUCUAUCUCAUUCAUUGUUUUCCUUCCUGUUGCAGAGGAGGGGAGAGGAGGAACCGGGUGCCUGUAAGUGGGGAGGAGGCCACCGCCUGGAGCCCUUUCUGCCUAAAGUUGCUCUCAGAGUCUCCCUGAGCGAGAUACCCCUCCACUUGCAAACACCCAGGUGGCAGCGCUAUGGCAGCCAGCAGCAUUUCUGGAGGGAGCCUUCUAGUGGCGCCCAGGUGGAGAGGAGUGCUUUGAGGAAGCCUGCCUUUCUGCUGCCUCCCCUGGAACGAGCAGCAAUCACUCCCUCUCAAGCUCUCCGUCUCUAGAACAUCCCGCCCCACAGAAGCCUCUUCCGGAGCCAGAGAGCCAUGCAAAAGACUUUCCGGAGGCUGUGAGUCAGGCAAGCUGGGUCUCGAAGGUAGCCUGCUUCACAUCGUUCUCCCCAUCUUGGAACUGACGGGGCUCUAGAAAUUAAGGCAUGUGCUGGUCGUGGCGAUGCCAGAGAUUAAAACGGACCUCUGACAGUGUGGGGGCUUCUGUGGCCUUUGAAGGAUUGGCUUCCUUGUGAAUGGGUCAAAGGCUACCUUCGGAACUUCAUUCUCUGUGCUGCUGCCUCAGAAGCCCACCAGGCCAGAAGGGGAAGGAGGAGGAAGAGGAGAGGAGGUGCUUUUCUAGGAUUCUCAACUCGGAAAUUGCCGAACUGGCCUAUGGAAGGGAGUUCCCUGAGGCUGUGUGGGAAUGAGAAAGAAGACCGUUCUGCUGGCAAAGCAAGCUCUGGAUUUCUGUUCUUCGUGUGCUUGAUAUGCCAGAUGCAUUUUUACUGGGUGAAUUUGGUUCAUUGAGGCAUCCACAACCGAGGAAUAAAAAUACUUGAUUUUUUAAAAAAACUUCACCCCACCCUCACCCCACCCCCGUGCUCCUUUUUCCCGUUUUUUCUUUUUGUCACUAGAUUUACAAGAGUGUUUAGUAGUUUUUUGCUCCCCGGGCAGCUCUGGUUUCAUAUUAGGGGGAAGUAAAUUUCUCAGUCUGUCUCUCCCCCCGCAAGCCCACCCACCUUUUUGGGUGUCGUGGAGCGAUGGAUUACCUUGGAGACAAGCUGACGGUGGCGCAGAGCCACAUGACCCACUGGGUGGGCUCCGUGCGAAGGUCCUUGCAAGAGGCGCUGAAUUUAGUCACAACUGCAGUUGUCCAUGAACGAACAAGUGGGGUGGGGGAAAGCAGAGCCCCUUUCAAGCGCACCUCCUCCUUCAGGCACUUUGCAUCCCGGAGCAGAGAGUCCUUCCGCAGGUUCUCCGUGCGCAGUCAGCAAAGGCUUUCCUCUCUGAGGAAGAGGCAAGCCAGCUCGGAGCAGCCUGACCUUGAUCAGCUGAAGCAGUGCUUUGGCAGGCCAGCUGCAGAAGCCAAGGACACCGACACACUUGUGCAAGAGACGGAUAGCCAGUAUGGCACCUGGAGCGACCAGCGGCCCAGAGUGGACAGCUUUGUGCCAGAGUCCCCUUCCUCAGAAAGCAACGUGGCUUCAGCCUGGAAGGAGCCCCCCAGCAGCCGGUUCUCGUCCUUCUCCUCGCAAACAGAUUCUGCCUCUGCAACUGACCAGCACAACUCCUCCAGGGACCACAGGGGCACCAGUCCAGACCGCUUCAGCACGGACGUAGAAUCUGCGGACGGGGCUAAGGCCCCUGCGCCCACAGGGGCCGGCUCAGACUUCUCCUUCCUGGAGCAAACUCCUGUGCUGGACUCCAGUCUCUUGAAAACCCGCGUGCAGCUCAGCAAAAGGAGGCGCCAACACCGAGCCCCAAUUUCCCACUCGCUCAGAAGAAGCACCGGGGAAGACACGGAGCAGCGGCUCUCUGUGACAGAAGAGGCAGACAGCACGUGGUUGUUCAAGGACUCCACAGCAGAAAACUCAGCCAAGAAAGAAGACUCUGGUGAGGAAGGAAACCCACAGCCAACAGAGAGGUCGCCUGUCUCUCAGCUGCAGAGGCUCCCCGUCUUUCCAGGGAUGGACCACUCAGCCCUCAAGGCUCAGCUCAGGAAAAGACAAGAACCAGAUGGAACAGGAGAAGGCAGCCCCGUGCAGUUGUCCAAGUCACCAAAAUUCCCGUUUCAGGCUGGAGUUCCUGGUGGCAGGGUUCUGCCUGUUGGCACGGAGAAAGAAGAGAGGUCGGAGGAGCAGUCUCCACAGUGGCUGAAGGAGCUGAAGUCCAAGAAGAGGCAGAGCCAAUACGAGAACCAAGUGUGACAACCGAGGUCUGGAGGUGGAAGUCCGGGUGACUUGGAAGACAGAAGAAGCCUUAACUUGCUCAUGCCCCUCUCCACUGCUGCUGCUGCUGCUGCUUCCCACCCUGACGCCUGUGUGCGCAGUGCCUUUCCAUCUGGUGUGAAAAGUUUCUCCAUAGUCCUUGGUGGGCCUGAUGUGGGAGGCUGUCCGACUCCUCAGGAUCCAUUCCGCCCCUCUGCAGCUGUGGCUGUCGUGGCCUCCUAGUUGUGCUGCAGAGCUGCCGCCCCCCCACUCCAGCUACCGGGGGUGGGGUGGUGCUGUGCCUGACACAAUGGCCUUCUGGCUGGGGAAUUGGGCACACCAACCUGCUCUGGGUUGGCUUAUGAACAAAGAGAGGAUGUUGUAGCAGAUGAACUUAUGGGCUGGUCUCUUGCGAAAAGACUUGUUCCUGUCUGAGGAUGGGAAGUGGAAAGAGGAAGAAACAGAUUAUGUUUACUGCCAUAUUGAAAGAGGAAACUUGACUGAUUAUUUUUUAAGAAAAUUUUGAUUGGCUGGUAUUAACUUUGUGGAUCAUCUGUUCCGCCAAGACAAUGUGAUAUAUAUUCUUUCUUUCUUUUUUAGGAUCAAAUGAGAUUUUAUCGUUUAAGUGAGAUUGUAUGUGCGUGUGUUUUGUCAGCACACAGAGUAAUGAGCAUCCCCUUUCUAGAGGGAUAAAGCAAUAACAUCAGACAGUCCUCAUUAAAAUAAAAAAUUCCUUCAGUAGCACCUUAAAGACCAACUAAGUUUAUAUUUUGGUACCAAAAUAUAAACUUAGUUGGUCUUUAAGGUGCUACUGAGGGAAUUUUUUAUUUUGCUUCGACUCAGACCAACACGGCUACCUACCUGUAACUCAUUAAAAUAGUUGCAAAUAAUCUGAGGGGUGGUUGCCCACCCCUCAUUAUUUACUGAAAAAAGAAGGGAAGUCUCACCUUGCCAGGAUCAGGGCUGCGUAGGAACCCUGCUGGGUUCUCUUGCUGGAUGAUUUAGUUUUUUCCUUCUGUAAAUAAAGGGGUAAAUAAAUAGUUUAUAUUCCUCUGGUUAUUUCAAAAGUUCAGUUGCAGAAGUGUGCAUUUCCCCACAAAUGUUAAACUUGGAUGAUAUCAGUGAAGGAGCUUAGGGUCCCUGCCUGUGGUCUCCAAGCAUUCUUGGAGACAGACUUGUCACAAUCUGUCAAAAGAAAUCCGGGGGUCGCUCAUUCUCGUCCAAGGGGGGGUGAAGGUGAAUCAUGCCCUGCGAAGCACCUUCCUUCCUUCCUUCCUUCCUUCCUUCCUUCCUUCCUUCCUUCCUUCCUUCCUUCCUUCCUUCCUUCCUUCCUUCCUUUUUGGUCUUUUCCGUUGCUGAGUCUCUGCUUUUGCCUCUUUACCAGAACAAGUUCCCAUGAAGGAUCUGCAAGCUUCUUCCUUCCAUAGUGAGAUUUCUCUGUUGUUGUUGUUUAAAGGAUGUUUCCUUACCCAAAGCCCCCAUGUUUGGGAUUCCUUUUUUGGAUGGAGGCUGUGUUAAGAAAAUAUCAUUAUCCCAAGUGCUCUUCCCAGAAAUGUUCUAUUUUCAGAAAAUUAAAGUUUAUAUUGUCACAGAACUGGACAGAUUUCUAUUGCAUUGCACAGAUGUCCUCCACGGACACACGGUCUGUGGUGGGCAGAAGAUUUCACUGCUGAGCAGUGUCUCACAAGUACAGAGUCCUGUUGGGAGGACAAAAAUGCAUCUACAGUGACCCUUAGGAACGGGCAGGGGAGGCAUCCCACUGAUCUAGGCCUAACGCUGAAGGGCAGCUGUUGGCAGAUGAGCACCCCCAAUUUGCCCUUGUGGGCUUUCAGACAUCUGUGCCAAUUCCUCACAUAAUUGGCUUUUUCUGCUAUUCCCUGCCCUGCCCUGCCCCACCUGGGUGUUUUUGGUCUUCGGCCUAUGCCCAAGCGCCAUGCAAAUGGUGCUGUCUCCCAAUCAGCCCCUCCCUUUCAGGAGACCACUCCUCAGCUAAGUGGCUGUGCCUGUGAUGGAGCACCUUCUUGCUUGGGAUGAGGCAGAAGAACCUCUACAUCCCCUGGGGAUCUGCCUCUCUUAAACCAGAUGCCUCCCAUGGGUUCCUCUCAGAGUAGGAAUAGCAGUGAUAUUUUGCUAUCUGGGCACCACGGAGGAUGUAUCCUGGGGUCCUCAGUGUUGCUUAGCAGCAUCCUCACCCCACUCCCAGCUCACAGGGGUUGUUGCAUGGUUUGGGAAGGGUGUGGGUGUGCCACUACCCAGGGGAUUAGAGAGAUGCUGUCACACAAUGCCCCUCCUUUUCAAGUAGCUGUGGGUAUAGAUUUCCCCCCAGACCUUGCCACUUCCUAAGACUCAGGAUAUUUUGGUUUGGCCCUUGUCUGUUUGUUUUGCUUGCUAGGUGGGUUGGCUGUGCUGUAGUGGCAAAUGAGAUUGGCACCCAAAUGCCCCUGAAGGUGCUAACAAUUUUCCCAUUUCCUUCGCUUAAAAAAAUGAUUUUUUUGUCCUGGUGUUCUCAUUUGAUUUGAUUUCCGCCUGUGCCUCUAAUGUGUGUUAGAAGCCUUUCCUUAAAUUGCACUGAGUAUGCACACAGACACACACACCCUACAGACUCCUUCCCAGCCUAGCAGAAACAUUUUGCUGGGAUGAGAGGGCCUGCAGCAAAGUUUGGGGCAUCCACAGCAUCUCUGUCAUGGGGGGGGGGGAGGCAGGGGGUUUGUUGGAAUGUUUGCAGUGCCUGGGCAGCUGAGCCCUGGAUUCCCCGGGGAGCUGGCUCUGCACAAAGGAGCGGGAUUAAGGUGGCAUCAUGGCAAAUUCCUCUGAAUCUAUACACACACGGAUUCCCUUUUGUGCUUGUGCAAGGCACUGAAAUUCUGUAUUUUAGUAGUUUUACUACUAAGAAAUGUUUGGACAACUAUAUCUGAUUAAAAACAGCAUUCAGAAUGAC